AUGUCGUUUAUUGAAUCUGUUGGAGGGACAUUCAUCGUUUGGUUACGCAGUGACGUCAUACCCUACAUUCUCUUCGGAACCUGUAGUGUCGUCAUUAUCGUAAGUUGUUUGCUCAAUAUAUUCCUGAUUUUUAUGUUGAAGCGGCGGAAAUUAAUUCUCCUUCCAACCAAUAGAUACCUGUUACAACUAAUUAUUGUGGACUUUUUGGCGUGUGGUUUUGCCCUUAUUCCAUCCUGUGUGACAGCUCUUGCCAAAAGCUGGAUAAUGUCCGAGCCCGUAUGUUACAUCCAUGCUGUAAUGUCAACAUGGCUGAUGCUCGUGUCCUUUGGGUUGGUGUGUUUUUGUUUAAUAGAACGAGCAGUUAAACAAAAGAAUCCAAAACUUCACCACGCGGUGUUUGAUUCUAACCUGGGUGUAAGCAUAACGUCCGUUAUGAUUUGGGCUAUAGACCUUGGUGUUGCCAUUUUACCAGUAUUUGGAAUUUCCCACAUAGCAUACGAUGUUUACCAAGCAUCUUGUGUCGUCUUUCAUUCAUCAAGUCUGAUCUACGUCACAACUGUUUUCUCUCUGACUUUUGUUGUGUCUUUGCUGAUUUUCCUUGUUACUUCUUGUCUUAUUUUCAACCAUCAUCGAAAUGAAUUAAAAAAGAAGAAAAGUGACAUGAUUGAACUUUUGAAGCCCUCCCGAGAGCAAGACAACACUGUAACCUCACCACAGAUUACCAACAGAAGCGAGAAAAGCACGGUAUCAACCACUGGCAUCGUGCCAGCAGUGGAAGAGACUCCAAGGGAUAUCAGUGCUAGGCGAGACACUCUGGCAGAAAUGACAAUGUCAGAUCAGGAAACCGCUAACAACCGCAGUCGUUAUUGGAGGAAAUUGCAAAAUUCCACCAAACAUCGUCCGAGCCGUCUGCAGUCCGUAGUAAGUGCCGUUCAAAGCUACGACCUGUUCUCCGAUGACCACAAAGACGAAGACCACCACUUGGCCGUGACAUACAUGAUUGUUUACUGCUUCCUCUCUAUAUGCUGGCUUCCUUCUCUCAUUUUGGCUCUUGCUAACGGCUUUGAUGACUCAAUUUGGCGCGGCUGGUACUCUCUAACAAUGAUUUUUGCCGUGUUGAGCUUUAUAGCUAAGCCAAUCAUUUAUAUGGCGCACAACAGACAUUUUCGACAAAAUUCAAAGAUGGCAUUGCCGGAGUCAGUGACUGUCAAAGUUGCUAGGAUUCGAAAUUCAAUUUCCACUGCAGUAGACAAACUCGACAAAGCUGUUUUUGUGUCCCCUAAAACAGAAAACAACUUUGCAACAGCAGUUGCGACCAACAAAGCGGCGAAGACUUGGAUUAAGAAGGUACGAAAACCUGAUAACACACCAAUUAUACAAGAAGAAUGUGAUGAUAACAACGUAGUCAGAUCUGAAUCUGAUAGAGGACCUGAAGAAACCAGGGAAUCCCAAGAGAAGGACUUCCAUCCGAACAGUGCCGACAUGUCUGAAGUUCCUAUAAUUAACAGUCCUUCCUCGAGCCAAAAAUAA